AUGUCCACCCCUCAAAUCCAACCCACCAUCCCAGCCGGCUCCUGGGUCCUCGUCACCGGCGCUAACGGCUACAUCGCCUCUCACAUCAUUAAUCUGCUCUUAUCGAGCGGCUACAAAGUAAAAGGGACAGUGCGUGAACCGAAGCCAUGGCUAGAUGAGUUCUUCAUCGGCAGACACGGCGAUGGAAACUACCAGUCCGUCGUGGUACCGGCCUUGGAAGUCGAGGGCGCAUUGGAGGAGCAUCUAGAGGAUGUACGGGGUGUUUUACACGUGGCAUCCGAUAUGUCGUUUAACCCCGACCCACAGGCCGUAAUCCCGGGAGUUCUAGCGGCAACCUUGAACGUUCUGAAGGCUGCAGCCAAAGUUCGUUCCGUGGAACGAGUCGCGUUGACGUCCUCUGUCGUGGCUGCUUUUCCUGGCCCCAUUCUUGGCCCCCCCGGUCUAGAAGAGUGUGAUACCUGGAACGAUGUGUCUGUCAAAGCAGCCUGGGACCCCAACACUCCAGACGCUAUCAUGCCCUCAGUGGUAUAUGCUGCAUCAAAGGUCGAAGGCGAACAGGCCGCUUGGCGAUGGGUAGAGGAGCACAAGCCACAUUUUCAAUUCAACACUGUCUUGCCAAACAUCAACUUCGGAUCCCUGUAUCUCCCACAGCAGAAGCGUUCAGUCAUAGGGCUCACGCAGAAUCUCCUGCAUGGCGACGAUAUGGUGAUCAAGUUUUUACCCCGCGAAUGGCGCGUCGAUGCCGACGACACUGCGCGUCUGCAUGCAAUCGCACUUCUUCAUCCCGGAGUCGUAUCGGAGCGAAUUUUCGCAGCCUCAGAGCCGCUCACCUGGGCCCGGGUGGUUGAGAUCCUGCGCAGUCUCCGACCGCAGAACAAGUCGAUUCCCGAUGCACCCGAGGAGACGAAGACGACCUUCCACGUGGCACCAUCCAAGCGAGCGGAAAAUCUGAUUAAGGAGUUCUACGGAAAGUCGGGGUGGACCACUCUGGAGGAGUCCUUAGCAGCCGGGAUCGAAGGCUUAGAGUAG